GAUCUGAUAAGUCAAAAAAUCAGUCAUGGCGGACCUAAAGAACGGGAAGGACGUAUCAAACGUCGGUGAGGGUGACUCUCUUUCGAAAGAUGUUGUUUAUCUUGAAGAAACAUUCUACAUUCUUUCCAAGAAGAAUUCAGUAUUUCGUGUUCGACUCACACCUAAAGGUUUAUCUCUAACAAAAGAAACAGAUGGCAAUUGCAAAGAACAAACGAUUCUUUUGGCCGAUAUCAUAGGCAGCAAAUGCAUGAGGAGCAAAAGACGACGCCCUGGAGCCGGUUCCUGCGUCUGUAGUUCUUUCGUGGGCAACAAUCAGCUCAAAGUAGUGGACGAGAACAGUGGUGAUCUCGACGAGAACGAUAUCAGUGCGUAUCUGUACAUUUAUGCUUACAUAUUGAAACGCAGCCGCCGUACCUUAAAAAGGGAGAGAACAACAAUAACACUGCGCUUCAGAUCUUUCGAUAAAUAUGAAGAUAAUAAUAAAGAAGCUCAGAAAUGGAGAACCACAAUAAAGUGUUUGAUAGCCUGUCAGCCGAUUACGUCCACGCCGCCGACCAACGAUAAGAAGUUGUUGGUACUUUUAAAUCCGAAGUCGGGGCCAGGGAAGGCUAGAGAGUUGUUUCAAGCUAAGGUGGCGCCUAUUUUGCAAGAAGCGGAGGUGCCUUUCGAGCUUCACGUGACGAAGUAUGCUCAAUACGCGCGGGAGUUUGUGCGUACGCGAAAUGUGUAUGGUUGGCGCGCAAUAUUGGCUAUCGGCGGUGAUGGCGUGCUGUUCGAGAUAAUGAACGGCAUGUUCGAGCGGCUGGACUGGCAGCAGGCCCUGGCGGAGGUGCCACUCGCCAUAUUACCCUGUGGAUCCGGCAAUGGGCUUGCAAGAACUAUUUGUCAUCUGUACAAUGAGCCGUACAUUCCUCAAAACUUAACUGGUUUAACGAUGGCGAUAGUGAAGGGCCACUCGGCACCAAUGGACGUAGUUCGCAUUGAAACAAAAACCAGCAUUAUGUUUUCGUUUCUUUCGGUUGGAUGGGGCCUCCUAUCUGACAUUGAUAUCGAAAGCGAAAGAUUACGAGCAAUCGGAGGCCAAAGGUUCGCUGUUUGGGCACUUGCAAGACUAGUGGGACUGAGGACAUAUAAAGGUGUAGUGAGUUACGCGAAAAUUAAGGAUGUGAGCAAUCUUCCUAAACCAAAACAACCGCUCACCCUCAGUCAUAGCAUCAGUCAGGACGGAGCGCUCGACUCCCCUGAUGCGGAAGCGUUCAUUGACGCGGACGAACAUUCUGAAGUGUUCGUGAACGCUAUUAACGGGAAACAACAUCAAAGGGUGGAUUCGUGGUAUUCUGUCAACUCUCGGAGGAGCGCAUUUUACAGUACACGUGGGUCAGAGUACCACAGCGUGACGAGUAGCGGCUCUGAAAUGCGGUCACCCGUGCACGCGUGCAUGCACGGACCUGCUUCCCACCUGCCUUCGCUCAUGUCCCAGUUGCCGUCGCACUGGGUACACGAACAUGGUGAAUUCGUCAUGGUUCACGUUUCCUACCAACCUUACAUUGGAGAAGACUUUCUAUUUGCUCCGCGGUCACAACUAUCCGAUGGAAUCAUGUGGAUGUUGAUCAUAAAAGCAGGAAUAUCUAGAUCUCAAUUACUGUCGUUCCUCAUGGGUGUCGGCCAAGGUACGCAUGCCGAUAUGAAUAAUGACUACGUAAAAAUGGUUCCUGUGAGUGCGUUUAGAAUAGUGCCAGAGGGGACCACCGGUAACCUCACGGUCGACGGCGAGGUCGUCGAAUACGGACCUAUACAGGCUGAAAUAUUCCCGAACAUUAUUAAUUUAUUAGUGCCAGAAAUGAAAUAACAUCACAUUGAAAUAAGAAGUAUUCGUAAAUGACUGAUAUAAUUAUUUGAACCAUAACCGAGCCGAUGCGUGUGCAAUAUGAAGGAAUGAGUAUUCCUGGCAGAGGUGUAAGAAUUAAUGGUUGUGUGAGAGAUAUCUAAAUUAUUAAUUACUUACCAAUAGUUAUUGAUUGCAGAGGCAAUUGAGUUGAUCAUUCCAUGAAUGUUGUGAUUUAUGUUAUACAAUUUUUAAUUUAAAUUGGUUCAAUAACUAAAAAUGUGAUAUAAUUUUGUAAGUAAAUGAAUAAAGCCUAAUUGAGAGCAUUAUAGCAGCUAGUCGAGGCUUGCAUGUAUACAAUGAAUCAGUGCCAAACUACGCACUCUAAAUACAUUCAUUAAUAUUCUACUAAGGAAUUGAUAAUUUUACACUACUUGCUCAAUUGUAGAGCAUUGUUUGCACUUCUAUUCCUACUUAGGAUAUUAUUUCAGCAAUCGUGUUACUUAUAUUACUAUUUAAAAAAUGUAUUAUCUAAUAUGUUAUAGUAUGUAGCUCAAAGCAAUUUAUAUUAAUUAUUUAAUACUUUAUAAUUGCAUUUUAAUGUGAGAGAACAUCAUUUACGCUCUCUUGAUAAACAAUGUAUUUAGAAUGUUUUAGAAAAUCUUACUUUAUAUGUUUGAAGUGAAUUUUCAAAAUUACUUACUAAAGAGAAUGCUGUUGCAUGCUUUGUAUCUAUAAUUUAUCUUUCUAGGAAUCCAAAUAUAGCAAGACAGUGGACUUUUGCAAUAUUGUAUACAAAAUAAUUGCUUGCCAUAAUUAUAAAAUUGAAAUUAUUUAACUUGCCUUUAACAUAAUACCUAAGCGGUGUUUAGGGGAACAAGGGAACUAUGUUAUACAUUAUAGUUAAUUUCUUUAUUAAUGUUUAGAUGGUUUGGGACUGCUGGUAUAACUUAAUGUAAUUUAUUUAGCAGUAUUAAUUAUUAUAGCAAUUAUAUUUUUCUGUGAUAAUAACUAUUCUGCCAUAUUUCAGUUGAAUGCUCCAAUGCAUACUGUAUCAUGUAAGAAUGAACUACAGCAAAACCCCAUACAAGUAAAAGUUUAAUAAGGUUUUGUGAUAAUAAUUGCAGUUUGUAUACUUUCGAGACAAUUACAUUUCUUGAAUUUGUCCAUUUUUGAAUAAAGAUAUAAUGUACAAAAUAAUUACUGCUGUUGUUUAGAAUUUAGAGGUGUUACAAAAAUAAGAUUGUAAAUAAGUCUGUAUAGAGGCAUUUUUCAAAGUUAUUACCAGUCUGUCUACAGCUUUUUAUGUUUUGCACAAGACUAUUAAUUUAUGUUCAAAGAUCAGUGUUCAUUUGCACAUUAGAGACUACUUAAUAUACAUUGUUUGGUUUGUUACUGGAUUAUAAAUCUUUUAUUUUGUACAUUCCAUAGUUCUAGGCAUUUUGGGCUUUUUAAUACUUAUUGAGUGUAAUAAUUCUAGAUGUAAAAUACAGUAGCAUAUUAGCAAAAUUUUAAUGGAUAAUGUUGUGAAUAAAAGUUAUAUAAUUUUCAAUUUUAUGAAACUGUUGUCAAUAAAUGAUAAUUCUAAACA